AUGAGGAUUGAGGUUGCGAGGUUCAGGGUUAGGACGAGCCCGCUCGUCGAUGUAAUUGACCUUGCUAUCCAAACAGAAAAUACCCUUAUCCUCAUUUUGAUUCACAUCUCUAGUAUUCCUUUGACGAUAGUGAGUGGCUUGACGAAGGCCGAAUCUCUCAGAGCCCAGGUCUAUGUUCCGAGAGAACUCUAUGAAUGCUUUGGGCUAGGGGUCUCUUCUUCCUCUACUCCUCGCCCCUUAAAUGGUGGACCAAAUUCUUGCUAUCACUUAUUUUUCAUCUUUCACAUGGCCUUCUCAACGGUGCCUAGGAGGUUUGUAGUGAUCGGACUUGUGAACGAGAACGUAUCAACCUCUGAACAGGUACCUGAUCUUAAAUCGGCAUCUCUCCCAAUACUAAUGCCUUCCAAUUCCGCAUGUCUUAGCUUUCAAGUAGCUCCUGCUUUCCACCUCUCUCCCCUCUGUUUUCCUUCCCCAGUUCCCUGUCCUGCCCUGCGCCAUUGUGUCUGCCCUUAUUUCUACGGCCCCCCCUCCAUUCCUCAACACAACCGUCUCUUCCAACCCCCCGAGAGCAUCUUUUCCCCAGCAAACUCAGGUACGUUCUCAUACCCGCUUCACCUCACUCAUAUCAGCCUGUCCAUGAUUCAUCCGUUGAUUCCAUUAAAUUCAGAUUUUGAUUUUGCCUCAAGCAUUCUCAACAGUUGCAUUAAGGAGCUCAUCGACGAUGCCAUACUCCCAAUGGCUCUGGGCUGGGCCUCUUAUAUGGACCCCAAGGCAGACCCCAAGGAAUCCGACAGCGGCGUUGUCAGUCUAUCUCUCAAAUCAGACCACAAUGAGACCCUUCCUCAGUUCGACACUAGAUGCAACCCAAACAACUUCACAGAGAUCCAGCGCUUCGAUGGCAAUGACUGGAUUCAUUAUUACACUUGCAUGUAUGAGGAAUCCUGUCGCGAUCUUAAAGGAAUAGGAACAUGCUAUCAAGGCAACUCGAUUCACAUCCUCCCUGUUGCUGAUGACAACAAUUACACCAACAUUCACCUGCACAUCGUGGAUCCGCCUUUCGAGGACGCGAAGCGAUGCUCUCCGACUAACCAGUCCGAAUCGUUGUCAUGGGAUGGCCAGAGUUGGUUCGUUGGGGGUGUCUGCUUUCCGCCAUAUGAAUGCAAAGAAUUCUCGGGUGGAUCUGUAUUUUGCGUGAUACAAGGGCUCAAACAAUCCGAUCGUCCACCAGUAUUGCCAAUAAAUACCGAACCACCCCCCCCAAUGCCUGCCGAUAGCGAAACUCCCUCUGUUCCAACAAAAUGCAGGAACGAAACAGAUCUGUUGCGAUGGAACGGUACUAUGUGGAUCAUUUUCCAGAAAUGUCCAUCUGGCUCGACGUGUUACGAGGACGAAUCCGGCCAGGCGAGCUGCAUGGCGAUUGAUGCAAUCCAGCAUCCACCACAUUUUCUGUCCUCUCCAAUAUUGCGUAUCCGUGACGAUAUCCGCGGCGCAGAAAGGUCAUCCGAUCACAUUCGAAGGGAUAUGGCGGAUGACAGGGCUUCAGGCAACUCGGAACAAAUUAUUCCAAAACCAAGAGGCCCACAGUCUUGCAUUCAGCAUGAUAAUUACGCCAGCAUUAUCGAGGCCUACAGCGGAAAAAUGUACUUGCAUUCUGUUUGUCUCCCCUAUGGCGAACGACCAGGCUGCUGUGUCGAAAGCUCCUCUGGUAAGUGGAGCAUGGAUGCAUACACAGAAUGUGGAUCUCGGGAUCCAGGUGGGUUCUGCAACAAAAGCUGGAAGAAUGAGAAACUAGCACGAUCUUUGAGCGAUGCAACUCAGAUGACACUGGCUCGCUUUCUGCACGGCCCUAGAAGGUUAGAAGAGGAGGUUUGGACAUUCAUUAUACUUGAAACGGUAGUGUUGGGGUGUCUAGAUGUUCCCCAUCGGGGUGUUUGUGGGCUUUGUGCUCAGUGUGUUUUCUUAACAUCGAUAUCUUCUCAUCAAAUCGAACGAUCGCGAUUCGGCGUUCUUCACAGCCUCUUUACUUUGCAUCCUUUUGUGAUUUUAUUCGAGACUUCUUCACUCUCAUGUAUGACAACAUCCCCUCCUACAGCAGUGCUUUCACCUUCUAUUCCAACCAAUACCAUCAGGGGCUUAACCGAAUUUGGAACUCCACAAUCCACCUCUUCGACCGGACAACAUCAUCCAAACUAUUUGAAGAUUGCAUUGCUAAUGCAUGAUGUUUCCGACACAAGUUUGGACCAAUGGCGAAAACCCACUGUGCCGGGAAAUAUGAGAGGUACUUUAACUCUACGUAAUUCAAACUCUCUCCUUAUGCCUUCUGUGGCGCGCAAAUUCAAGCAAGAGCUGAUCUCAACUAGUGUAAAAUGGCCCCGCAUUUAUCUUGGGAAGCGGGCCACCCUCAACCCCACAGCCUUGCAACUCAACUUGGACAUGCCAUUUUCGGAAUACCUUUUAGCUUUCAUAUAG